UACCUCCUCACAGCCAUCAGCAUCGAGAGGUGCGUGUCCAUCCUGUGCCCGCUCUGGUACCGCUGCCACCGCCCCCAGCACCUGUCGGCUGUGGUGUGUGCCCUGCUCUGGGCCCUCUCCAUCACUAUAAUUGCUGCAGUAGCUUUCCUGUGCCUGUCGCACCAGCACGAGCACUGCCGUCUGGCCCUCAUCUCCAUGUAUGCCCUCAACUUCCUUAUUUUUGCCCCACCCAUGGUCAUUUCCAAUGUGAUCCUGUUCAUUAAGGUCCAGUGCGGCUCCCAGCGGCGCCAGCCCAGGAGGCUCUACAUCGUUAUCUUCCUCACCGUCCUCUUCUUCCUCCUUUUAAUGGUUCCCCUCAGCAUCUGGAAUUUCCUGCAGCAUGUCAGUUACAUGCUGGGGCAGUCCCAAGUGGUUUUCCUGCUUGUCUGCAUCAACAGCAGCAUCAACCCCUUCAUCUACUUCCUGGUGGGGAGCUGCUGGAGGCGCUGCUCCUUGGUGUCUCUCCAGGUCGCCUUCCGGAGGGUCUUCGAGGAGACAGGGGUCACUGUGAUCUCCAGCUGAGAGGCCACUGUGGUUUCACUGCCUGCGCUGCAUCCCCCAGCUUUGUGCUCAUCUGUCCGCACCUCUUCAUGGCCAGCCCAUGGGUCACCUUCCCAUGGCUGCAUGUCAGGAUGUGUUCAUAUUCUGUUGUUACCCCAUCCCUAUCCCUGUCCCAUCCCCAACUUGUCCUCAUCCUAUUCCCAUCCUUUUCCUGUCCACAUCACCAUCCCAGCUCAGUUCCCAUCCUUCUCCAGCCUUGUCCCAUCCCAUGCCAUUCCCUGUCCCAGUCUGGAUCCCCAUCCUGUCUCCAUCCCCUUCCUUACCCUGUGCCAUCCCAUCCCAGUCCCUGUCUGUUCCUCGUCCCCAUCUCUAUCCCAUCCUAAUCCCAUCUCUGUCCCCACCCUGUCACGUCCUGUCCCAUUCUUUCCCCUCCCUAUCCCCUUCCCUGUCCCCAUAUUAAACCCUGUCCUGUUCCCAUCCGUGUCCCAUCCUGAUCCUCAUCUCUGUCAGCAUUUGUUUCCAUCCUCAUCCCCCUCCCCUCGCAAUACCAUCCCCACCCCAUCCUCUUCUAUCCUGUCCCACGCCCCUUCCAUCCCAUCCUCAUCCCCGUAUCCGUCGGGACCCCUUUCUCGCCCCGUCCCAUCCCCGUUCCCUCCAUCCCCAUCCCCUCCUGUCCCCUCCGUCCCCGUCCCGUCGCGUCCCGUCCCCGCAUCUCCCGGCCACCUCGACGCGGAGCGCGGGGCUUUGCUGCCCUCCAGCGUGGAAAGAGGAAACCGGAGGCUUCCGCGAGGCCCGGCGGCGCAAUCCCCCGGAGAAGCGGCGCUUCGGCGCUCGGUGCGGGGGCUCCGGCGGCCCGGGACGAGCUCGGUUGCGGGAAGCCCCCGCACAGCGCGCGGCGCCCCCAGCCCCCGCGUCCGCCCGGCCCAGGCUCUGCCCCCAAUAAAGCCGCUGCUCUGUCGCUGCCUCUCGUUCCUCCUCUCCGUGGC